AAAUUCUCAAAAUGAGUAAAAUGUUUGCAAGGAAGCAGAAUAGUGUUUUAGGGAUACUCCAUUCCAUCAAUCAGAAGGCUCUUCAGAGUAAAAAGAUUAAGGUUAAAUCUCGUACUAAGAGUAAGAGGAAUCGUACUCUUACUCAGAGUAGAGCCAGGCGGAAACUCCGCCCUGCUGAUGCCCGCAGUCGUUAUAUGUCAGUUAGUAAGGAUGGACAGUCAGAGCAAAGUGAGAAAAUACAAGAUAUUCAACAGAGACAGACAGCCUUCUACUCCAACGAUGAUGUUCAGAGAGAAGAGACUGUUAAUGACUUUAUCCUAAUUGACCCAGACCAGUGCCCAGAGGCCAAGAAGGAGGUUACUUAUGACCCAAGGCCCUCUCUUAAUGAUAGAGUCUCAAUUGAGAUGAGAUGUAAUAGAGAAACCGCUCAGAAAUCUUCACAAAAGAAGAGGAAGAGUACUUGUGAUCCUGAGAGCCCACCAAUAGAGCCUAAGAGUCCUAUUAUUGAUGAGAAGGCUUGAAAAUCACGAGAAACAUCCCCAAUCGCAUCUGUACACUUCGGUGUAUUUGAUGAAGACAGAAGGUGUACUGUGAACUGUAUAAACCCACCUCAGAAUGUCUGAGAUUCCAUUGCAAAAAUGAAGUUCAAAAAGAAAAAGAGGAAAUCCCAAGUAAGAAGGAGAACUAAAGUAGUCAGCUUUCAUCUUAGCGACUUUGGAGAAGUUGAAAAUUUUGAAAAUAAGGAGAAUAAAGGCCCUGAUGAUUGUGAAGUCUCCCAAUUGGUGAACUCCCAAGAGAAAUCUCCUUUUAAAAAGUGCGAGCAGGUGAAGGAAAUGAACAAAUCUCCUGAGAAGAUAGAAACUGAAUCAGAGGACAUGGAGUUUAAUGACAUUCAUCUUGAUACAAAUGGAUGUUCCAGGAACGAGCUUCCUAAAUUAAGACUCAGUAAAAGUAUUGAACGGUUGAACAGACUGAAAUCUCCUCGGAAUAAAGUUCUGGCGGAUAAUAAUUUUAAGCUGAUUGGAGUUGACCUUCGUGAGUCGUUGAAAAACAAGAUUGAUCAAUCAGUAACUCUUCAUAAGAACCAAUUCCUUCAGAACAUGAAGAAAGGGAAAGGAUCAGGUUUCUCCCUAAAAUUAAACGAAGUUGUGCGAGGUGAAAGGAAAAGCAAUUUGAAGAAAUUCAUAGAAACUACUGACCUCUCUCCAAACGGCAAGAAGAACUUUGAGUGUUUCGUUGAGCAAACCAAAGAGAAGAGGGUGAAGGUCACUGGAACUCUUAGGAAGAUCUUUAACAACUCUGUAAAUCGUCGGAGUAAACAUAAGAGUCGCUCAAAUUUACAGAGCUUUAUAAGCACCCAGAGCAAGACUCUUGAUCCGAUAGCUGAUGAAGAGAUUAAGAAGAAGAUAAAAACAAAUCAAAAUAUUCUAAGGUUCAAUAGAGAACUCAGGCAGGUUUAUGAUACUAGGAAGUUACUUCAUGAUAUAUCAGUGCCAUAUUAUUCAGGUUAUUUAGGCUACUUCUUCCGAAAAUGAUAUUGGGAGCAUACUUCACAAAAGGAAGAAGAAAAUCUCUCUUGUGUUUCUGAAAACUUCCAUGAACCACAAAAAUUAGAGAGGAAGAUAUGAACCAAAUCCAGGCAGAAAAGUGAGCCAGAUCUAAGCGCUAGGAUUCCAAAGAACCUUGAUACUCCCUUUUUGCCAUAUCUAUCCGAAGAAUGGAAGAAGAUCCAUCAUGAGCACUUAAUCGAGAGUCUUCAGAGUUAUCAAUAUCUGAAUGAUUUGAAAACACCGAAGACGCCUCCUAUGAUAAAGGAAGAGGACUAUAUAAAGCCAAUUUCUGGAAAGAAGCUGCUGAUAUUCGAUAUGGAUGAGACCCUAAUUCAUUGCAUUCCUGAUGCAAAGCAUGGCCAGAAAUGAGAGGUUAAGAUCCCCGUGAAAUACUCUGAUAAAAUUAGCUAUAAAUACAUCAACCUCAGGCCCUAUGUGAGGGAGUGCUUAAAGGAGCUAUCGCUGUUGUACCAGAUAAUUGUCUUCACUGCUUCCACACAAGAUUAUGCAGACCCGAUCCUUGAUUAUCUUGAUAAAGAUAAACUUGAUAAAGGACAAGGAUUGAUCAAGAAAAGGUACUACAGACGACAUUGAUAUAAGACAAAGGAAAACUGAACAAUGAAAGACCUCAGAAUUUUUGAGAAAAUGGGAUAUGACAUGAAAGAUGUGAUCCUCGUUGACAACGCUACACAUUGUUUUGGAUUCCAAGUAACGAAUGGAAUCCCAAUGGUACCGUUUUUUAAGAAUACUGAAGAUCUGGAAAUGAUCCAUAUCUUGCAUUUCCUCAAAGAAAUAGCUGAAGUUCAUGAUGUUAGGCCAAUUUUUGAGAAAACUUUCAUGCUUCCUAAGUUACGAAGGAAUUCAAUGUUGGAAAGAAUUGAAGGAGUCAUUGAGCAAUGUGUUGAAGAAGUUGACGAUGACUUCUUCCUUGAAGACAAACCGUCGACUAUCAAGCAGGAGAGAACUACAAGGCGAGAAACCAUGUCUAACUGAACUCUUGAAGAGGUCUGAUCCGAAGGUGUAGAAGCAACUAAAAUUAAUACCUUAAUGAGAACUUUGCCAAAAGCUCCUGUACGUGACUUAAAUCUAUCAAACUACAGAAGGAAAGUUAAGAAUGUAUCUCGGAAAACCCCAGAGGUGAACCUUGAAGAGUUUGAUAUCAUCGAGACUGUUGUCCUCGAAUGAUAGUUUCCUUCUUGGAUGCUUAUCGUCACAAAUCUAUGCUAAAAUUUCAGUUAAA